AUGUCCUUGUGCAAUCCUAUUCUAGGAGAACGCCAGAUUCUGCCGGAAGGAAGGAGUGUGGAUGAUGAUAUGAUUACAGGCGGUUUUGGCGUUGAUCCGUCCACUAAUCUUUACAAGGUCCUACUUGUCCAUUCAGAUAUUGGAGGUAAAAGUUAUAGUGAGAUUUUUACAGUUGGAGUUGAUGUUAAUUGGAGAAUCUUAGAGAUGGUAAAUUGCCCUUAUGUUUUGGAUCCUCAAGGCCUGCUUUUUCGAGGAGCCAUGCACUGGAUGGCUCGGGAGCGUACUUCUAACACGAGGAUAGCUGUGUUCAUAUAUGCAUUUGAUAUUGGUGAAGAAAGAUUUAGGUCAAUAAUGGCACCACCCCUUGACAUGGAAACGAAUAAGGCAAGAUCUCUCUUGGUAUUAAGAAAUUGUCUCUGCAUAUCAUCUUUUGCUUACCAUGAUUCUCAUGAGCUCGAUAUAAGGAGAAUGAAGGAAUACGGGGUCGUGGAGUCGUGGUCUAAAGAGUACUCCAUACGAGAAAAUUGGGUUUCAAGAUGCUGCAUGGCUUUAUUAGAGAAAAUUUCAUCAGUCAAAAUUUGGGGAUGGGGAGAUGAUUCAGUUCUAGUAUCAAUUAGUACGUCUGAAUUUGUUUGUUGCAAUCUAGACCAAAGGAAGCACACCAAACUCGAAAUUGCCAACAUAAAGCAAAUAGAGCAUCCUGCACUGGAGUCACCAACUUAG